GGUGCAAUCAGCCUGUGAUACCGAGUCGGAAAGCGCGAGGAGUAAACUUUUUCCAUUUUUAAAAACCUGAGUUUACGGCUACAGUCCCUCCCUGUAUUCCUUCCAAUUAAUAAAAAGGACACGAAGAAGAGGAGCCUUCGACUGAGGUGCUACUUGACUGGGGGGAAAGAGGGAGCCUAACUUUUAUCGCCCAGCGCCCUUAUCUGGAGCGAAGACUUCUCUGGCCGAACCUACCGGAGUGGAGCUUUUGGACGAACUUUACUUGCAUUGAUAAUUAUUUUUUUUAUUUUUUUUAUUUUUAACUUUUAUUACGAACAAAUUAGGAGAUUUGGUCUUGCAGCAUGUACUCGAGCUUGGCGAUACCUUCCAACCCAUCCCCGUACGGGCACGACUCCGGGAACUAUGUGCACGCACCGGCCAGCUCGCCCGUGUACGUGCCCAGCACGCGUGUGCCCGCUGCAGUGCUACAGUCGCUGCCCUACCUGCAGCCGUGCGAACCCACGCACCAGCCGCACGCGCUCGCAGGCCACCAUCACGCAUGGCCCCCGCAAUCUGCAACUGAUGGCUCGUCGUUCGGCGCUGGAAGCCCGCAUGCUCACGCGCCCUCCGCCGCGUUCUCCUACACGCACAGUCCUCCCACGAGCGGCGGCGGCGGCGGCAGUUGUGGCGCCCGCGACCCUGCGUCCUAUCAGAGUCCUCUGGCGCUGAGCGGCGGCGCGCGCGGCCACGAUCAGUACGGUGGUGCUCUCGUACGCUCCGUGGGCGCUUCUUAUUCGAGCCCCUACGCAUACAUGGGCCCUGACGUGAGCGGAUCAUGGGCCUCUGGUCAUUUCGACAGCAGUGUGAUCGGACUACAGGGUCGCCAGGGAACUCUGACGGGCAGAAGGACCUGUCUAGACAUGUUGGAUGAAGUGGCGCUGGAAGGACGCGAGUGUGUGAACUGCGGCUCGAUCUCCACUCCGCUGUGGAGGCGCGAUGGAACCGGCCAUUACCUGUGCAACGCUUGCGGCCUUUACCACAAAAUGAACGGUGUUAAUCGACCUCUCAUCAAACCCCAGAAACGACUGCAGACUACGUCCCGGAGAGCAGGCCUGUGUUGCACUAACUGUCACACCAGCACAACCACACUGUGGAGGAGAAAUGCAGAGGGAGAGCCUGUGUGUAACGCGUGUGGCCUGUACAUGAAACUUCAUGGGGUACCCAGGCCUCUGGCGAUGAAGAAAGAAAGCAUUCAGACGAGAAAACGCAAACCCAAGAUACCUAAAACCAAAGCUUCCUCAGGUUCUUCCGUGUCUGGCACUACCUCUCCUGCGUCCCUUCCCAUUUCAGAGAAUGCUUCGACAAUAAAAAGUGAACCCAACAUCGCUGCCUCACCAUACGCCGGUCAAACGGUUGUGUCUGUCACACAGGCUUCAACACAGUUAAGCAGCACAAGCUCGGGCCACGUGGACAUCAAAUACGAGGACUACCAGUUCACCCCGACGUCCAUCGCCCCACAGAACUCCUGGUGCGCUCUGUCCCAAGCAUGAUGCAGCCCGAGACGCUGCUAUUCCUCUGCAAAAAAUAAAAAUAAAAAAUCACCCCAGUGCAAUCUUGGAAAGAAAAGGACUUUAUGACGAGAACUACCUAUUACACAGCCAACUCUAACAAGCAAUACCAGACUCUGGUGGACGCCAGUGGACGGGAAUACAGUAUAUGAACUGACCAUAGAGUUUGUACAGAAUUUAAAUCAGUGCUUCAUUGUUUUGUUGUAAAAUUGGAUGACUCAAAAAGGUUUUUUUUUUUUUUAGAAACUAAAUGAAGGACAAAAUCAAAUGCACAUUUACAAAAAACUAAACAAAGUAUACCCUGAUGUCUAAUGAUUCGUUUCUUUAGAAAUGAAUCAUUUUUUAAAAAAUACAUUAUUUAUGUUGAGAUAGGAACAGUUGUGGUUUUCAAUAUACACUUUCUGUUGUUUUUUCCGGACAGGGAAUAUAUUUUAUGGUCAUAAUGACACACACACACACGCACACACACACGCAUGCACAGGCUUUGAAAGACUCCUCAUUGCUCCUACUGAUUCGUAUCACUGACCGUUAAUCUGAAGUGCAAUGACUCACUUUUCCAAAGCUUUUGAAAAUAAAAAAUAAGGAACGUGAUUAUUUUAAUUAUUUUAAGUUUGUUUUGUUCUCUUCAAAAUAUAUUAGCCUUAAUUUUAUUUGUGCUGUAUUUUGUGGAUAUAUAAUGGAAUUACACAUUUGUUUUAUUGAAUAUAAAA